AUGACUUCAUUUGGUUCAUACAAUUAUUCUGAUGUCAAGACUUUACCGUUGGACUCACCAGAGACAAAGGGAAUCGCUGUAUGUAAGAUUCUGUACUCGGAAGAAUAUAAGAAACUAAUGUCAUGUCUGCGUGGGUUGAUGGCAGUGAACGAGCUUUCUCCACGAGCAUUGUACAUGACUGAAUUAGUAAUAGGUAAAGUGGCAGCACACUAUACAGUAUGGCUAUACAGAUACAAGAACAUUAAGAAAAUAGUAGAAGAAACUGAUAAGGAAGGAUGGCAUCGAGUACUAGAAGAUGAACUUAAAUGGUGUGGUAGAGUUGCCCUUGCCAACGAGAAAAACUAUCAAAUUUGGCAUUAUAGGGAGGAUAUUAUAGAACUUAUGAUUAGUCAUUUGUACGGAGGAGAUAGUGAUAAAUAUGACGUGGAGAAGGAGGAGUUCCCAAUUAUAGAGACGUUGAUUGAUAGAGACGAGAAGAACUAUCACGUGUGGACACAUCGACGGUGGUUAGUGGAGAGAUUUAAAAUGUAUGGGUCUCCGAGGGAGUUGGAAUUUACUGAGAAACGAUUGGCUGAAGAUGUCCGGAACAACUCGGCCUGGAACCAUCGAUUCUUUGUGCUCUUUGGAGGAAAAGGUGAAGAAUUCGAGGCUGAUUUUGACACCGAGCUGGGAUUUGUGAAAAGACAGGUUUGCAGAUCGCCCACAAAUCCUUCCUCGUGGAACUAUCUUCGAGGAAUUUGUGCCAAGAAAGGAUUUGUGCAAUUGAAAGAAUUCGUUACUCAAUUUACUGAACAGAAAGAGACGGAUCCAGUGAUCCCUGCCUUGGAGAUUUUGGCUGAAAUAUAUAAGGAAGAGAAGCAGCAAGACAAAUGGAGAGAAGUUUACGAGCAGUUGAAGAAAGUUGAUCCUAUUAGACAGAACUACUGGGAGUCCUAUGGGGUCUGA